AUGAUACCCUAUAUAUUGGUAUCUGUCCUGUAUCCCUUUGCAUUGCUCGCAGGCAGUACAAUUAGAGCUAGUGUAAUAUCUUAUGGAUACUUCCUAGUAUUCAUACUAUCAUUAUUAUUAUUACCUCAUCGAUUGUUACGUAAACAUAAUAUUAUAUCAUCAAUACUACCAUGGAUCACAACUGGAUUGGCAUUGGGUAGUGUGAUCACUAUUGUGUUGGCCAACUCAGUGCCAUCAAUGGAGACUAGCGAAACGAUUCAACAACUUGGAUUCUUCAAGUAUACAUCAUUCCUACAAGGACUCAUCAAUGUGUUGCCCGACAUCAUCGUGGCAACAAUCUCAUCACUCUCGGCCACAUUCUGGACGCGUCACAUGGUCUUUGGUCAAAGUGAUGAUGAUGACCACAGCUCAAUCGACAUUGUGCCACAACAUGGAUCACUCAAGAGAUAUCCUCCAUUGCAUGUAGCAUUACACAAGAGACGCAAGGAGCCAAUAUAUUAUAACAGUCCACCAUCGAUCACUCUCACUCACUUUGCCUUUGUCAUGUUGGUUCUGUCUGCCAUCUCCUAUCCCUCGGUCAUCAAUGCAUGCUACUUCAUUGUUGUCGUUGGUCUAACUCUUUGUCUCUCAUUACAAAUCACUUUGCAUAGUCUAAUGACCAAACUAUAUCCAUUGCUUAUUGGUAUAUCAUCAUUGCAGCUACUGUUUAUAUAUUUGUUCCAGCUGCCAAUAAUGGACAAACGAUAUGGCGCCAACCUAUCCGACUGGUUUGGCGUUCGAAACUACCAUCAAUGGGAUGUCUCAAUAUGGCCAAUCAUCGUUGGAUACGUCUCUAUACUCUUCCUCUUUAUAUCAAGUUGUUUGAUACUUAGACAACAAGUAUUAUAUAACUUGACUAUCGAGCAUUACAAGAGCCAGCAGUCCAAACAAAAGAAGAGGGACAAGAUUACAAGUGCCAACAAUAGCGCGACAACAGGUCUAAGCAGACUUACUCAUAUAUCUCUUUUGUUCUCAACAUAUGGUUGGACGAUAUGUUGUGCAGAGAUAAUGGUACUAUGUCUAUUCCUACAGCCAAGUAUCUACACAAUCAUUCUGCUCACCAUUGGACUGGUGUCGACCGUUGUCCCCUUGGCACUAUUCAAACUCCUGGCGCGUCUAACACAUGCCUACCUACUCAUAUUCAUCGUCCUUCAGUUCCUCUUCAACAUCCCAUUGCAAUCAUGGGAGCAGUCAUCAACUUCGGAACUUGUUGGAUUCUUCAUUUGGCCAACUACAAGGAUAUGGCUGUAUGUUGGAACACAGAUGAUCGUGGCUUUCACCUUUGGACUUUAUUGUUAUUACAGCGCGAUCACUGCUGGCCUCAAGCUCAGCGACUUCAACCCACCAGCCCCAAAGAAGGUCGAGGUUGAUCAACCUGUUCUGAUCGAUAUCAGUGCAUCCGAGCAACAACAACAACAUGUGCCACUCGACUCUGACAAAGUUUCGGGCGAGCCACUUGUCCGACCAAGCACAUUGAAGCAGAGACAGCACAGGAUGUUGAACCCCACGCCCACUACUGGCACUGGCGGGGUCAAGGGUCCAAUCCCUCCCGCCAAGAAGACAAUCACAUUCCAACUGCCUGGCAGUGGAGGUAGUGUCACGGGCAGGAUGUCCCCUUCGCCAUCAUCCGUGGACUUUUCAUACUACCGCGCACAGACCUCAUUGCUGGCCGACAAUUGGUCCAACUUCUGGCGAUCAUUCUACGAGAAUCACAAGGACACGAUACAGAGCGUGCGACACACCACCAACACCGUGUUUGCCAUCUUCUCCAUGACUAUCAUCGAGCAAUCAUACCGCCUGGCGCUGGCCGGCCUCUUCUUCUGCGGCCUCACCUCGAUCACACUGCUCAACGCCGGAUACAUGGUGUUCUUCAUCUUGUUUGUGAUCAGCGAGUAUCUAGCCUCGCGCUUCUGGAUCCUGCUCGUGGUGUACGCGCAGGCCGUGGUCGUGCUGCUGUACGCCUGGCAGAUCCAGCCGACCGACUCGCUUGAGGACGCCACGACCGAGAUGAUCGGCCUCGUGCACUUUGAGAAGCAGCGUGGCCAGGCCGUCUGGUUCGGCAUGAUCUGGCAGGUCGUCAUCGUCACGUUCUCGCUCAUACAAUGGAACCUCAGUCGCUUCGUCACCUUCCACUCGGGCCUCUUCCAGGCUGGCUCGGGCGCCCUCGACGAGGACCAUUUAGCGCGACAACAGCGCGACCUGCCCAAGGCGGUCAAGCUCAUCAUGGCCAUGCUGUACAGCGCCACGCACAAGUACGCGCUGCCAUUCUGCUACCUGGUGAUCGUGCUGGUGGCAUCAUUCAGCAAGAUAUCGUUCAUCUCAAUGGUGUACAUGGCCACGGUGUUCACGUGUCUCACAGUGCACUACCUGUCGUCCAACGGCACGGUGCACAUUCGUCGCUUCUGGCUCAUCAUCGUGAUCACCCAGGCCGUGAUCCUGGUCGCGCGCUACGUCUACCAGUUCACGCCCGUCAACACUUGGCUGCAGCGCAUCUUCCCCACGAACAAGUACAUCACACUGGACGACAUUGGCCUGACCGUGUACUCGUCAGACUACUUCCUCGUGCUCUUUGGCAAUGUGGCCAUACUCGUGGUGUGCGUGUUCCAACUCAACUGCUUCUUUGAUGGCCACCUGGACAACAAGGACCCGCGCUACUCUGUCGAGCAUCACAUGAAACAUUACCCGCGUUUCCAGAUGAUGUUGUACCGCAUAGGCCGCUUCACCUAUGUGCACGGCUGCAAGCUGGUGCUAUGGGCCGUGUUCCUGAUAUCAAUCUCGCCACCCACCUUCUUCAACUCGAUCUAUCUCGUGAUGGUGCUCAUCUCGAUGACCUUCAAGAAGGGCACCUACCGCAUUGGCUUCUACCUGUUGAUCUACUCACAGGCCAUCGUCUUGCUCCAAAUGGCCUUUUUGUUCCCAGAGGCCGCCGGUGUGAUUGGCCACGAGGUGCUCAUGCGCUGGCUGGGCAUGCCCACAUCAGAUCAAUCGACAUGGGAUGCCGUCAACCUCAAUCUCACGAUCAUACUCAUCAUCUCUAUCCAACAAUUUGCAUUCUGGUGGAACAAGUCCAACAAGAAGCCCAAGUCCGAGGCUGAAGCUGAGGCUGAGGCCGAGGCCGCCCUCAAUGAUGAAGAAUCCCCACUCAUCAAGUAUCAAGAGAGAAUGUUGGACAAUGAUAAUGAUGAUGUCCUUGCGGCCAAGCCCGCGCCCGUCAAGAAGAACAGCAACAGACUUUACUGGUACCUCACGCACUUCUAUCAACUUUAUGGCGUCGAGAUCGUGUUUGUUGUGAUGGCCUUUGCCUUGAGUUGGCGCGUCAACAUCGUUGGAUUGGUAUACCUCGCAGUCAUUGGCACAGGACUCUACAUCCACGAUGACAAGAUGCACCGACUGUUCUACCUAACCGCAUUCAUGGUGCCCAUUAUCCUGGUCCAGUACGUCUUCUUCCUGGGCAUCCCCACGAACGACCCCCACCCUUGGAACCUCUCCAACGCCCUGCUCAACAACCUGCUCGUGCUCACCGCGCCCAGCGUAUACAUCCUCAUCCUGGACUUCUCCGUGCUCUUCUUCUCCAUGCUACUCCUGCGCCAGGACAGCAUACGCACACCCGCAGACCCACGACUCAUAUACCCUCGCAACUUCCUCAAGGUAGACGACAGCGACUUCACCCUCGAGCCGCGACGAUGGAAUGCCGAGUUGAGGUACAUCAUCGUGCGAUACUCGUCGCAGGUGACGCUGGUCACCAUGUUCAUCGCGGGCACAGCACAAUGCGACAUCAUCUCGAGCGGCUACGUGUUCUUCUCGAUCUACGCGCUGUACAGUGGACACGACGACCGCUGGAGCCAGCUCUGGCAAGCGAUGCAGGUGUACAACUGGUGCGUACUGGUGCUUCAGAUCCUGUUCCAGUUCAUCUUUGUGCUGUUUGGCACGGACAAUGUGGCGACCAACCGUCUGGCAGACCUGCUGGGCUUCAUCGUGCUCAGCUACACGAGCAUCAACACCGUGUCCAAGACAAUCAGCGACGUGAUCAUCAUGGUGCUGCUGGCCUACCAGAAGAUGGUGUACCAAUCGCACGACUUUGAGACGAUGACCCAGCAUUUGGAGUCGAAUCGAUUGGAUGCCAUGAAGAUCGCCGUGGACUUUUAUAAGAAUCGACGUGAGACUCGUCUUUCCCAACUCAGCUCAGUUCAAUCAAUCAUCAUGCAACGUCGUCAACGACUCCAAAACCUCAAGAGCAACAGUAACUUCCAAAAAAGACAGUCAUCACUCUAUUCCGAGUCUUCGGCCACGCUCUCCUAUCCCUCAGGUCAGCUCUCCACGACCUCCAACAUCCAUGGAGAGGUACCUCGUCCUCCAAGCCCAGGUCUCAGUACCAGUCCAAGCCUCGGCCUCAGCCCCAACCAAAGCCCAACUCAAGAACCAAUCACAAUCGUCACUGCCCUAACCACGUCAACGUCGUCAACUUCACAACAACAUGAUGAGCAGCAACAACAACCACAACAACAACAAGAAGAGGUGAUUAAGUCAACGAGUGUUGGAGAGAAGAUCAAGGCGUUCUUCAAUAGUAUAUUGGAUUGGUUGGAUCCUCUGCCAGAGAACCAUGACGCGAUCAUCAGUGGCACAGUGUCCUAUCCACGCAACAGCACAUACUUUGCACCAGAGGCACUGCAGCGAUCAAUCAGUCAACUGGACCAGGGUCAAGAGGUGGCGGAGAACAAGGGCGAUGACCCUGGCUCAUCAUCCUCUUCCUCAUCAUCAACUGAACCAUCUUUGGCAGGUGACCCCAGCAUCAAGCGUGACGAUGUGUUCAAGCGUAUUGUUCGUGGACUUAGUCGCAUGGCCCGUGACGAGUCCAAGUGGAUCGCAUUCAUGUGUUGUCUGGCCAACUCGGUGUUCUACGCCAAUGUCGUGUCGCUGGUGUACGUCUACUCGGUGCUACUGUACGGCCGCCUCUUUGAGAGCCCCAAGCCUUCCAAAUCCUUCUGGGGUUUCCUCAUCGGCUACAGCAGUCUGAUCAUAUUCCUCAAGUACAUAUUCAACAUUGGCUUCUUCUGUGUGGUCAGCGGCGUCGAUGGCUACUACUACGCAUCGUUUGACACAUGUUGGGACUCGAUCAACUACAACGAUCAAUUGGAGAAGCGAUACCUCUCUGCGCCCUACCUCAUUGGCAUCAACGACAUCCAAGGACCAUUCUUGGCCGGUGCCUUCUGGGACUUGGCAGUAUUCCUCGCCUGUCUCUGGCAUCGCCAUGUAUACCGAUCCAAGGGACUUUGGAUCUUUGAUGAGAAGAGUAUCCUACAAGUUGAACAAUCAUCGUCCACCAUUGUCACUACCUCAUUGGACACCACUGGCGAUCAACAUAUGAUGCAGGAUCAUGACCAUGACCAAGGUGCCUCAUCAUCUUCCAACGUUGAUCCAAACAACAACAACAACAAUGUGGAUGCAUUGGUACCAACCACCACACAGGCCAGGACCAUCCCUGACACUCAACCACUUCUUGACGUUGAUGAUGAGGAACAAGAGGUUGACCAUGAAGUGGUCGACAUUGCAGAUGACGACGACGAUGACAACAAUGACGAUGGCGACUUAGAAGCCCAGUCCCCGCCUGAUACCCAUGAUCAUAUGGUCGACUCGGCAGACGCACUUCACAAACAAACAGUCCAAGACAACUCGUCACAAGUACUCAACUUCAUACGCAACUACUUCCACAACGUGGUGGACGUAUCAGAGAAGACUGGACGCGACUACUACCUCCCGAUUCUGUUCACAGACUUCUUCUGUCUGGUGUUCCUGGUCAUCUUCCCACAGAACUUCACCGCCAUCCCAUCGUCAGACAUCACUCAGUUCCUGGCACAGAACGUUAUUCCAAGACAAUUCAUCGCAAUACUUCUGAUCCAAUUCUCUCUGAUCAUACUCGACAGGAUCAUAUACCUAUAUCGAUCAGUGAUUGCCAAGUACAUACUGCAGGUCAUCUUGACAGUGAUAUACACUGUGUUCCUGUUGUUCUACUUCCCCGACCUCAUCCAGAAGCCAUUCGACUUCCGCUUCGCAUGGACACUAUGCAUCUUCUACAUACUCAAGUGUCUCUAUCUCUAUUACUCUGCACUUCAAAUAUGUUAUGGUUAUCCAAUCCUCGUUGGCAGCCGAUUCCUCAUGGAUGGACACUCAGCAUUCCACAACAUUGGAUUCUCUGUCUAUCGUGGCAUUCCAUUCGUGUUUGAGAUGAGAACAUUGUUGGAUUGGAUAUGCACUGAUACUACUCUGUUGCUGUAUGAUUGGCUCAAGUUUGAGGAUAUAUACGCAGAGAUAUUCAGUGUACAUCUACGCCAGGAGUGGAUCAAACGACAGGGUCGAAAGAAGGGUCACAAACAACCGCUUCAGGAGAAGUUCAUAUCAGGUGUAUGCGUGUUUGCAGGCAUUGCCGUGAUCCUCUGGUUCCCACUUAUCAUCCUUUCGUCUGGAUUACCCGGCAGUAACGUCGAGCCAGUCACCUCAGUACAGGUUCAAGUGUCAAUCAUGGGACUGAACCCAUUCAUCACCAUGAAUGAGGACCUUUCCGUCUCUGACCUCAAUGGUGUGCCCGUCUGGAAGAACACAUUCGUCAACAACACAGUCUUCUCCCAACUUCGUAGCAACGAAACAUUCAUCACGGCCGACGACCAAGCAGGCACUCAAUCAAUCAACAUAAACAAGUAUUCUGAAUCAAACUGGAACCUCUCGCCACCAGCCAGAAACCAACUUAUUCAAUCACUUCUCACGAAUGAGCUCACAAUUCGAGCAGACUACGUAUUGAGCAGGAGUGGCAAUGUAAAUAUCAACAUCGCUGGAAUCAAUGUGGUCAAGCUCAACUCGACACAGCAGAGCCGAUUCCUCAGCAUCAUCAAUGGAACAGCAGCAUACAACAACUUCACUACACCUGCACUCUUUUACAAGUUCAUGCGACUUCCUGGCGUCAGUGGCAACCUGUACUACCCGUUCAACCCAGGCCACACACCAGAGAUGAUCGAUGUCACCUUCACGAUGAUCAACAUUGGCAACGACUCGCUUGGCCAGGUGCAGCAGUACUGGGAGAUGACUCAGGUCGACGGCACUCCCAUCAACAUCAUCACCAUCUCGGCCAAACUGCCCAAUGGACUGGCCAGCUCGCUGGUCAGCGUGGGCAUCAUCGGCCUCUAUGUUGGUAUCGUGUUGUCAGUCAGCAAAUUCCUGAGAAUGUCCGUCACUGGCAUGGCCUUCCGAAUCACCCUGGAGAACAUUGAGUUCUGUGGCGAAGUGGAACAGAUGAUUGAAGAUGUACUAAUCGCGCGACAGUAUGGCGACCUUCAACUCGAGGAGGAGCUCUACAAACAAUUGAUCCAAGUCUUUAGGAACACCAUUGUGUUGUACCAAAUGACGACAACCAAUAAACAAUCCUAA